AUGGUCCAACCAGCCAAUCCUGUGAACUCCAAUCUUCCCCGCGAAGGAGUAUCGACCUUACUCCAUCGCAGUUGCAAUGCCUGCAAUCGUAGGAAGGUCCGAUGCAACAAGAAAUCUCCGUGCGAUAACUGCGUGAGACUCGGAUUUGAGUGUACAUUUCCACCACCUGGACGCAAGGCCCGGACAAAACCAACAAAAACAUCUAAGUCUGAGUUGAUCUCGCGAUUAAGCCUAUUGGAGCAGGAAGUCCAGAAGCUCGGCGCGCAAAACGUUGGGGGUGAUAUCCCUGUGGACAACCUGGAAUAUCAGGACAUCGAAGAGACCCCGGAGAGCAGCCACACUGCAACUUCAGGGCCAUUGAAGGCCCCUGUGGAUGUAGAAGCGGAGGCUGAAGAGGGGGUUGAAGAGGAGGGAACUGGGAUCCAUGGGGGUCAUGCUUCACCAGCGCCGGCCCCCGGCACAUUGGAAAACACAUUGGGACACCAAUUUGGACGGCUGGUCAUCGACAGAAGCAGUGGGACAAGCCGAUAUGUUGACCAUCGGGUUCUGACAGAUCUGGGAGAUCAGAUUAAGGAACUACGUGAUGCUUUCGAUUCCCCAUCAUCGCCCACACCAUCGUUCGAGGAAGAUACUUCAUCUCCAGGUUCCACUGCGGCGUACUCGGAAACACAUAGCCCUUUCAUAUUCGGUUAUCGUUCUUCAGUUUCUUCGCUACUCGAAUACCAUCCGUCGCCAACCGUGAGCCAUCUACUUUUGGAGGUAUUCGAAGAGAACAUAGCACCUAUAAUCUCAAUCAUUCACAAACCAGCUUUGAGGACCCUUAUCCAAACAUCAUGCACAAAUCCUGAGGAGCUUGAUCGAAGCUCGGAAGCAUUGGUCUUUUCUGUGUACUUCGCUGCAGCCUCGAGCAUGACACCGGAACAAUGUCUCUCCAAGUUAGCUGAAGAUCACGCUGUCGUGGUCAAGCGAUACCGCUUCACUGUUGAGCAGGCUCUAGCGCGCGCAGGCUUCUUCCAUACUCACAAACUGCUUGUGUUGCAAGCAGCCGUCCUUUUCUUAACCUGUGCUUGUCAUCCAAAAGACACACAAUUCGUGUGGACCAUGAUAGCCGUGGUUACCCGGCUUGGGCUUGGUCUAGGGCUCCAUCGUGACGGUAGUCACUUUGGCCUUAGUCCCUACGAAACAGAAAUGCGGCGCCGAGUCUGGUGGUACAUUUAUCUAUUAGAUGUUCAAUCAUGCGAGUUUCAAGCAACGAGUCCCCAGAUUCGAGAAGGGGACUACGACACGCGAUUACCGUUGAAUAUAAACGAUGAUGACUUGUCUCCGGAUAUCGUGGAUAUUCCGCAAGAACGGACUGGCUUUACGGAAAUGACAUUAACCCUGGUCCGCUGUGAGAUACUAAUCUCCCGUCGCAAAUCCAUGCAAAUGACAAGCCCAGGGCCUGAUGGACCGAACAUUUUGUUUAAGAACCGCAAUCUUGCAAUAGAUGAGUCCAAGCGGCUCCUUGACGAACGAUAUCUCCAGUUUUGUGACCUCAGCAUCCCUAUUCAUUGGGUGGCAGCAACGAUUGCACGAGUUGCACUUGCAAGGCUAUGGCUGGUUUCACAUUUCUCGCUCCUGACCGCGCAAGGCUUCGAAGCAAACAAGUGGCCCGACCGAUGCGAAAUUCUUAUCUUAACGGCCAUCGAGGUCCUCGAGUUCGUCUAUUUGCUUGAGACCAAUGAGAACACCGCCAAAUGGUCCUGGCUUUUCCAGGGGUAUGUGCAAUGGCAACUGUUUGCAUUUGUUUUAUCGGAACUCUGUGUACGCCAGGGCUCCUCGUUGUCCGAUCGUGCGUGGACCGUUGUAAACCGGGUUUGGGAGCGGUGGAAUCAGACAAGGACUCACAAAGGUGGGCUGAUCAUGCGACCACUCGAACGUCUGAUGAAACGGGCUUCUGCGAUGCGGACUCGUCAGCUAAAUUUGGAGCUGGCUCCUUCUAUUGGUCCCAACCCGACCGACAUGGAAAUCGCAGACUCGGUAAUGAUGGAUCAAUUAGACGACUUGCCUGGUGAUUUUAUGGCUGUGGAUGCCGCAUCCUUGGACAUAUUCAGGGACGUGGUGACUAAUUUGGGGCUAUGA